AUGGCAGCAAAGCGCAGUCCGCAGUGUCCCUCGCUCCCCCCGGAGCUCUGGAUCCGAAUCCUCGCCUACAAUACCGACCUUACACAUCUCUGGACGGUUUGCCGACACGUAUCUUCACAUUUCAGAGCCUACACUGAACAAGUUUUCGCCGAUCUAGUCCUUCGAAACACGAAUAUCGACUUCCACCUAGAGAAGUACAACCUUGGUGGAAAGAGCAAGCGUCCUGAGGUCCCUACCUCGUUCGCGCGAUUUGUGCAUGGAAUAAAGUUGGAGAAUGGUGAUAGAGAAAAGACCCUAGUGUGCUUCCAAGACCUUCGAAGGAGGAGUGAAAUCGCUGGUGGAAAGAAAAAGGAGUACAACAGGAUAAUGGAGAGAUGGGAGAGUAAUAUAAAGGAAUGGAAGCCAGAAAUGCCGAAUUACACCAUUCGGAUCGGCAAUAUCGUAAACGAUACGGAACUCACCGAUCUAUCCAUCGAUAUCGCAUUACGACAAAUCCAGUUCAACUGGCGGCAGGCGCUUACCCUCUUCUUUCGCGAACAAGCCCUCUUGCGGUACCUUAGAUCGAGAUGGGAAGCGGAGAGCGACACGACUAUGGAAGCAAAUAAGGAGCGACUUGCGAAGGGCGAACACCUAACGGCAGACGAUUACCCCAUGCCUCGGGCCGCUGCGGAGCUAGAAUGGAGAAAACAAAUCCGUCGCAAACGGCUCCGUGAGUACCACGCUGAUAACGAACGUAUGGUAUGGGCGAUAGGAAGCUUGGAACGCUUCGAGAACCACAGUGCUUCACAUGGGAGCAGUAAAGCGUUCAAGCUAAACCCUGACCUACCUGGUACUGGGGUUGGUGAAAAGUACUUCGGCAGCGUGAACCUUGUACAGGAGCUAUACCUGGAUGAAUGGAGCUGCAUGCAUCGUAUUGACACCAAAAUUGAGCACAUGAAAGGCGAGGAAGAGUUUCCGAGAUUUUCUGUGCCUCCUCCAGACUUAAAGAAGGAGUGA